UCUAGGAACCUUCGAUUGAUUCCCCUGGACUACACGGUGCAAUUUGAGUGAUGCACGUCGCACAAGUGAUUCCCAUGUGUUAGGCAAGCGUGAGUUGUACAGUUGGGCAACGCUAUUUCAUAUAGAAUAAACUCUUUCAUUGCACUUUGUUGUAAUGGACACCUCGGUGGAUGAAACGAGGUUGGGUGUGAAAGAUGAGUUUGAAUCAGAAGAGGAGGAUAGUGGCAUGGAUGAUGAAGAGUUACAAGAAGCUUUCGCCAAUGGAUUGUUGAAACCUGGUUUAAAUGUAGCAGUGGAAGAAGCAAAGACCUUCGUCAACAACACGGCGGGUAUGAAACAGUGCCUGGCAGACUUCCGCAAGAACCUUCCUUGGGUAGAGAGAUUGGACCUAAGCAAUCUACCAGCUCCCGACAUCGUUGCCAAAGCAGAAGGCAGACUGGUGCCCUCUGACAGUGGAACAGUGAAUGCGGAGGAUGAUUUCCAAAGGGAGAUGUAUUUCUAUCGCCAAGCCCAAGCAUCAGUUCUAGAAGCCUUGCCGAAACUACAGAAAUUAAAUAUACCAACUAAACGACCAGAUGACUAUUUUGCAGAGCUGACCAAAACAGACCAACACAUGCAAAAGAUUAGGAAAAAGCUACUGAUCAAGCAAGCGGCAAUGGAAAAAUCUGAAAAAGCAAAGAAACUGAGGGAGCUGAGGAAAUAUGGUAAAAAGGUUCAAGUUGAGGUCCUCCAGAAGAGACAAAAAGAGAAAAAGGCCAUGAUGUCAGCUGUUAAGAAAUACCAAAAAGGUAUGACAGACAAACUGGAUUUCUUGGAAGGAGAUCAGGACCCGUCGAAGAAAGGUGCAGGACCAUCUAAAGCGCAGAUGAAUAAGAAAGGACCCAAUGCGAAGAGGAAGUAUAAGGACCAGAGAUUUGGCUUUGGUGGAAAGAAAAAGGGAGGCAAAUGGAACACCAAAGAAAGCCACAACGACACGUCAGGUUUUCGAGCCAAAGUGGCUCAUGGUAAAGGGGGAAAAACAUUUGGAAAAGGUGGAAAGAAGGCAGGCAGGCAAGGCAAUAAGCGGCCAGGUAAGGAAGCCAGGAGGAAAAUGAAAGGCCGCAAGUGAGAUGAAGAGGUGACGACUAUGGGCUUUCUGUCUUUGCACACAUGGAAAUGGACAUAACUCUGGCUGUAUAAGCAUGAUUCCAUUGGACAUUGUUCUUUUUUUAGGUAACUUGUAAAUGUUUUGUAAUAAAAAUGUUCAUGUGCUGAUA